GCAAAUUAUUUUUCAAAACGUGAGACCAGUGAAACAUUGGCGAGAAGGACAAAGGGACAUUUGGAAACCCGCACGAGAUUGGAGGCAAAAUUUGAAAUCAUUAUAGUUGUGAAAAUUAUCUAAAGAAACUCUAAGAUGCCGAUUGACAAGACACAUGCGCAUAGUACUUGGAGACAAGAGAUUCGCGGCACAAAAACGCCAUACAGGCGUUACCCUAAACCGCCAUAUAGCUACCUCGGGCUGAUGGUAACUGCGAUUUAUAACUCACCGGAUCAGCAACUUUCUCUCUCGGACAUCUGCCGUACACUGGAGAACAUGUUUCCAUUCUUCAAGCAGGAGUACAGAGGAUGGAAGGACUCCGUGAGACACAACCUAUCACAUAAUACAUGCUUCGUUAAACGUCUCAAAGAUCCAGCGUUCCCCAACAAGAAGGGGAACUUCUGGGCCGUUGAUUUGGACAAAGUACCCCAUGAUGCUUUCAAACGCCAGGACACUAGUGUUGCUCGAGAAAGUGCGUUCUCUAUCGAUUUGCACACGGAGCUGAAUCUUCCAGGCAUCCCUGUGGCAAAGAACGAUUCAGCAACCAUUCAGACUUCCUUUGGCCUUGAAGUGCCACACAGUGAAACAUUCAGUCAACGUAAAUUUGGACCAUCGCUCGCUUUCUCAGUUGAAAACAUACUGAAAAAAGACACCGUUAAAAAGGACUCAAAAUCUCGUCUCUCUACAGGGAGCGACACAUCAGCGUCUUCUGACUGCAAUGGGAACGCACAAAGUCCUAGAUUCAUAAACUCCAGCGACAGAAGUCCCCUUUCCAACGCCAAAAGUAACGCCCCAACCGGAUACCCUUAUCCGUUUCACCUCAUUCAGAACAUAAUGUAUCCCUACACUUAUGCCUACCCAUCUCCAGUCAGCUACCAGCCUAUACUGGCCACUUUGCCCACCCAACAAGAUUUAGGACACUUGUCAAACGCACAUGCCUUAGCAACAAGUAACUAUAGCAACAUAUACACAAAACACUCUCCUGUUGUAUCACAUGCACUGCCUAGGGAUAGAGAUGAGGAACUCGGUAAAAUUGACUUUCCAAGCAACAAUAGUCUGCUAACAUUUGCUGAUUAUGCCUUGCAGCAUGGCCAUUGCUGAUACCCCAUGUUUAAGUCGCGAUCAAUUAACUGAUUGAAGAUAGCUCAGGAACUAUUACGAAACUAUAAAACAGUAAAAUGGGACAUUUAUUGCAAAAAUGUAACCGUAUGAAAAUUCUAACAUUUUUUGUCCCCGUUUGCAUACAGUAUCUGCUGAUAGGCAAAAUAGUAUCAAUCUUAUAACUUCUAAGCCGGGCUUCGACGUUACAGAAUACAGAUAGAAACUUAUUUUUGUGGAAAUUAGAAUCUGGCAAUUCUACUUUAUUAAAAACUUGAUAAGUUAUAUGUCAGAGAGGCUGAUAUAUUUAAGAGUUAAUAAAAAUACCGUACUAGAAAGCAACAGUAUUUCAUUUUUCCUAAAUGUAUAAUAUCAUGAAUAUCUUACAAUCUUCGUUGUAAGGCAUAUUGUUACCCUGCUUGCAGUCUAGUUAAACUACGAAGCUCUCUUUUAAGAAGUGAAGUCACACGAAUGCAAAGGGUAGCAUAUUGUCAUAGUAGUCAAUGAAACUGAAGAUAUAUUUAGAUAAAGACAAUUAAAAAGAGUGCCGUGCCGUGAAUCCAUGGUAAAAAGAGAUUCCAUAUUUUGUAAAUUUUAUCAUUUCUGUAUGGCUUUCUUCAGCUUAAGAUUCAUAACAAUGCAAAUCUCAAAAUUGAAAUGUUGAAAACUGUCAACUAUAUAAAUUAAUCACCUUUUGGGUGGCCAUCGUGAAUCUAACGUCGGCCAUUUUGAAUUUUUGAAAAACGCACAUCGGAAUCAGGGAAUGCUUGAUCGUUAAAUGAUAUUAAAUGAAAACGCUUAUCAACUCUUGAUCAGUCAUCUUUGAUUAUAAUUAGACUGAUAUUUCUAAUCAUUGAGAGUCUAGGAAAGCCACAAAGGAUUCAUUUCGAAUGCUCAAUCAAGAUUGGUAUGUAAAAUUUAAUAUGGUUGCUGUUGUUCUUGGGUCAUUCCGGUAUAUGGCUCUUUGUUUUGCUGUUUGCCAUUUGCGAUAUUAAUCUCUUUGUGUCUAGGUCAUAGGACGAGAACAACAUAUAUAGAACUAUGAGUAUAUCUGAUGGUACCAAAAAACUCCUUGAAAAUAUUAAAUGAGAAUCCAAAGCUUUGAUUCUUUGUGACUUUUAUUAAAUUCUUGAUUAAAUAGUCCCGACGGCUGCCAUUAAAUGGACGUAUAACUCGAAGACUAAUCAGAUCUAGCAUGACAUUUCCCGAAUCCCCUUUGUUUCAUGAUCAGGGUUCUAGAGAAGUUGAAAGAUAAAACAUGGCAGCCCCUUCCUCCUAAGGUCAAAAACACUGCUAUUUUUUGCAAUAAAGUUCAAUUUGUUUUUAUAUUUUUUGCAACUCGCAUUUUGCUUAUCUAUCCCUAACUAUACGGAUCGUUUUAAACAAGGUCAUCGAGGAAAAUACAGAAAGUACUCUAAAAUUAAGCGAAAUUAGUUUUAUGUUAAACUUUCAGAAAGGAAAAACAUAACUAAAUUGAAAGUUGGAAAUGUGUUUGUUUUUCAAAUCAAUGUUGAACAACACAGAUUGCCGUUGACCAUUGCCGUUGAAAUAUCUCAGAAUAUUAAUCAUGAUAAAAUUAUGUGUAAGUUAUACAAUUUAUAGAACUUAAAGCUCGGAACAAAAUAUCUGGUAACAAAGUCUUUAUUAAUUUAUCAUAGACUAGAUUUUGUUGUUCAUUUAAGACCAGCUGUUUUAACGGACAAUUCGUACUGUUCUGGG